AACAUUUUUGACUAUAUAAUAUUUAUGCUAUAUUUGUUAAUGCUGACCCUGAAAGAAGGCAUUACAGUAUUAUAAUAAUCUGAUAUAAUUUGAUAGAGUACUGUGCAAAAGUUGGCAGUUUGUUCCUCGAAGGGCUGGAGACAGCUACAAUAAUGAGUGUCUCCAGGCAACAGUGAAGCAUGGUGGAGGCUCCUUGAAAGUUUGAGGCUGCAUUUCUCCAAACUGAGUUGGAUUAAUGGUGCCCUCAAUGCUGGAAAAUACUUAUCCAUCAUGCAGUAACAUCAGGGAGGCAUAUUGACCAAAUUUAUUCUGCAGCAGGACAAUGACCCCAAAAAGCUAUGGACUAUGUAAUUACGAACUAUCUUCAGAGUAAAGAAGAAAAAGAAGUCCUGCAAGUGAUGGCAUGGCCCCCACAGAGCCCUGAUCUCAACAUGGUGAGAUCUGUGGAAAGGGUGGUCACACCAAAUAUUGAUUUGAUGUAGAUUUCUCUCCUGUUCAUUCGCUGCAUUUUGAAACUUUAAACAGUUCCAUUUUAGAAAGCAUUUUUUUCCCACAUCUGUCAAAACCGUACAGUACUGUAGUUACAGCUGUAGCAAUACCAUAAAUAUGAGCAUCUGCAGGGAACCUGACAGAGUCAGUGUAUAAUAUGCAGCCUUGUGAUGGUCCAGCAGCGAUAGGGUCGGAGAAACAUGCUGUUGAGAUGCUCCUGCUUUGCUGAACGAGUGACGUGAUGAAUAAGGGCGUAUUCACACCAGGAAAGUCCAAAAGUUCACUUGCUCUGGUCUUCGUUUGAGUUUGUGUUCACGUUGCAUUUUUUUGACAAGUGGACCAACACUGUAAACAAACCCAGGUGUGUCCCGUAGCCGCUCAGUCACUGGAUAAAAAUUAUUGGCGAGAUCUUUAGCUAAGUUUGUUUUUUGUGGUCCGCACCAGAGUCCACUGAUUUGUAUGCACACUUACCCAAAGGGUCCGCAACAGAGAAAAGGUCCGCUUCAAGCGGACUAAACGAGCCUACAAGAGAAAGGAUAUUCUGCCUCCGUUUAUCCCUUCAAUAAAGAUCCAUGUUAAUGUGUAUAUAAAGAAAUUUAAAUUUGUGAGGGAGAAUACAUAUACAUAUAUGUCAAAUCAACCUGCAGUAGUUAUGUAGAACCCCUAGGGGUCGCUGCCCCCGUUAAAGACCUAUGCUUUAGAUGAUCAACUCUUCUGUCUGCAAAUAGACUUUGAUCAACAGGAAACAUUUGUUACCCAAGCAGAGAAGUCAGUGAAGUGUAGGGUGUGAGGUGCAGUCUGCACAUAUUCCUGAUAAUUCAAGAGCAGCCACGGGAACAUCCCAGCUUUACAGCCAGUCCUCGGGGACUCAAACAGCUGUCUGCCUUGCCUAUCGACAAGCUGCUUCUCUGCCUGUAACUCACUGAAAAAUGUGCUGAAACUGCUAUUAAUCCCAUAAAAGAUCCCCCACAAGAUGUGUUGUUCUUCGUUUCUCAAAUGGAUGGUGUAUUUCAUCUUUUUUGUCACCUUCCUUUUAGCAAUAGUACUUCUGGGUUUUGGAGCAUCUGUGAUAGUGAAUACCGGCCCUCUGCUGGCUGUAGUAAAGGACGUGGAGAACUACUUCCAGAUAUUGCAGCUGGUCAACAUCAGCUACAUGCUCAUCGCAGUGUGUCCCGUGCUAUUGUUCACAAGCAUCCUGGGCUGCUGUGGAGAAUACAGGGAGAGCAGGUCUUUUGUACUGAUUAGCUUCUUUACUGUGCUGAUUGUCUUCCUUGUCCAGCUUGCAGGAGGCACAGUGCUGUUUGUCUACCAGGAUUCAAUUGGCAGUAGUCGGGGGGAGGAAGUUUUUAAGAAGUUUCAUCAGGGGUAUGGAGCGGAUGAAGGUCUGACCUCUCUGUGGAACAGGACCAUGACAAAGCUAAACUGCUGCGGAUUCAACAACUACAAAGACUUUGAUGGGACCCCUUUUUAUGUCGCCCAUGGAGGAAAUGUUUAUCCAACCAUGUGCUGCAACACAAAAUUCACAUGCAGUGAAAUUAUUGCACGUGUUUCGGACUUUGAUGGCUGCUUUCACAAGGUUCUCCAGGAGAUCGAGUCAGAGGCUAUGCUCACUGCAAGUGGGGCUAUAAUAACUGGUGCUGUGGAGGUUGUCGCCAUGGUGGUUUUGAUGGCUUUCUACUGCAAGGGUCGCAAUAUAUUUCGGAGGUAGUGAUGACAGUCACAGCCAUUUUCUAUGAAUAAACUAUUUUAAGAAAGUGAUUUUUAUUUUCAUUAAAUAAGCACACAUUGAGAGGGAAGCUAUUGUGUUCUUUGUUUUUUUAUGUCUGAAGAAGAGCUGUUUAAUCAGUAAUGUGAAAUAAUGUAUAGUGAAGAAGAACUUGUGUCAGCAGUGAAGUGUUUGUCACAUUUACUGCAAUAAAGUGAUAAAAUGUUA